AGGCGGUGUUCUCCGUAUCAGUGGAGCUGCCUGCCGGCCUGACCGCCCUCUCCAACAUGCCGCCCCUCAACCCUGCCCCCGGGGAGGCGACAACCGCAGCCACCAACCGCACCCUCGUCACCUUCCAGCCCACUCCGCCCAUGUCUCCCUACUUGUUGGCGGUGGCGGCUGGCCGCAUGCGCAGCCUGAGCACCCUCGUGAACGCCACCACUGGGAGCUCCCCCUCCCCCUCCGCCCCCAUGCGGGUGUCGGUGUGGGGCCCGGCCGCCAUGGACCCCCUGCUCCGACUGAGCGGCUCGCUGGACAUCGCAGCGGCGGCAUACAGCUACUACGUGUCGUACACGGGGGGUCUGCCGCUGCCGCUGCCCAAGCUGGACCUGCUGGCUGUGCCGGGCAAGCGCAUGGGCAUGGAGAACUGGGGGCUGCUCAUGUUCGAUACGGGCAGGUUCCUCUACCCUUCUGCCCCCGCCUCCUCCUCCGCCUCCUCCCCGUCUGCGUGGGAUCUGUUCCAGGCGGCUGACGUCAUUUGUCACGAGGUGGCGCACCAGUGGUUUGGAAACUGGGUCACGUGCAGGGAUUGGGACAACCUAGCCCUCAACGAAGGCGUCGCAUCAUACAUCGAGUACGACUGCGUUGCUGCCGUACUGUCGUACAUCCUAGCUGGCGGCUCCGUAACCGCUAACAACAGUACGACCGCUGGCUCUGCCGUACCGUUACCGACGUAUCCGCCAUCACUCCCGCUGGCGGCGCCGCUAAGACGCUUGGUGGUACCUCCGCUGGGUCAGCCCCAUGGCGUGCAUGAGGGGGUGGUGACCCGGGCUCGCUGGGUCGAUGAAGACCCAGGGGUCGGUUCCGUGCUGAAAGCCGAGAACGCGUCG